AUGGAGCCGCGGCCGGCAGGCCCUCAGCUCUACCUGUGGCCAUCCCCUCCACUGCCACCAGGCCAAGCCGCCACCACCUCUAGUCUGCCUGGUCCCCUGCUCCUGCUCUGGCACCCCCAGUCCUUCCCCACAUGGAGCAGGGGCCAUCGGGUCACGUCGGUCCUGCUGACAGCCCUUCAGGGCUUCUCCUCGGUGGUAGCUCUGGGCGCGAGCAUCAUCUGUAACAAGAUCCCAGGCCUGGCUCCCAGACAGCGGGCGAUCUGCCAGAGCCGGCCGGACGCCAUCAUCGUCAUAGGAGAAGGCUCGCAGAUGGGCCUGGACGAGUGUCAGUUUCAGUUCCGCAAUGGCCGCUGGAACUGCUCUGCCCUGGGGGAGCGCACCGUCUUUGGGAAGGAGCUCAAAGUGGGGAGCCGCGAGGCUGCCUUCACCUACGCCAUCAUUGCCGCCGGCGUGGCCCACGCCAUCACAGCCGCCUGCACCCAGGGCAACCUCAGCGACUGCGGCUGCGACAAGGAGAAGCAAGGCCAGUACCACCGGGACGAGGGCUGGAAGUGGGGUGGCUGCUCGGCCGACAUCCGCUACGGCAUCGGCUUCGCCAAGGUGUUUGUGGACGCCCGGGAGAUCAAGCAGAACGCCCGCACGCUCAUGAACUUACACAACAACGAGGCGGGCCGGAAGAUCCUGGAGGAGAACAUGAAGCUGGAAUGUAAGUGCCACGGCGUGUCAGGCUCGUGUACCACCAAGACAUGCUGGACCACACUGCCGCAGUUUCGGGAGCUGGGCUAUGUGCUCAAGGACAAGUACAACGAGGCUGUCCACGUGGAACCUGUGCGCGCCAGCCGCAACAAGCGGCCCACCUUCCUGAAGAUCAAGAAGCCGCUGUCGUACCGCAAGCCCAUGGACACGGACCUGGUGUACAUCGAGAAGUCACCCAACUACUGCGAGGAGGACCCGGUGACGGGGAGUGUGGGCACACAAGGCCGUGCCUGCAACAAGACGGCCCCCCAGGCCAGCGGCUGCGACCUCAUGUGCUGCGGCCGUGGCUACAACACCCACCAGUAUGCCCGUGUGUGGCAGUGCAACUGCAAGUUCCACUGGUGCUGCUACGUCAAGUGCAACACCUGCAGCGAGCGCACCGAGAUGUACACGUGCAAGUGAGCCUGGGACCGCGGGCACGCCACCCGCCAGCCGCCAGCCGCCAGCCGCCAGCUAUGUGCCGGGAGGACCAGACAGUUUCCAAGCUGCGAGUUCCCUGGCAGGCCACUGCCUAGAUCUUCACAGGGAACCGCAGGAACAUUGAGCUUGUCUUUUCUGCUGAGGAGGGCGCUUUUCCUGGGUUUCCUGCAGGCACGUGUGGGAAAAAUCCCUCAGAGCCCUCGACGAUUCUGUUCCACACCCAGUGCUGCUCCGCCCUCCCCCAGACACUGUCCAGCUCCCUCCACGGCUGGAGCGGAGCCUUCCACAGCAGGGACUCUGGACCCUGGGGCCUCAUCAUAGCAAUAUUUAACAAUUUAUUCUGAUAAAAAUAAUAUUAAUUUAUUUAAUUAAAAAGAAUUCUUCCAC